AUGAAAAAUCAUUUAGCAGAUCGAUUUCGCCGUACAAGUUCCUAUGAAGUAACUUUGCCAACAGAAAAAGUAGGACGUAUAAGACGUGGAUUUUCUUUAGAAGUAUCAUCGUUAGAAACUGAUACUAUUAUUAAUCGUAUUCAAAAUGAACAAUUAAAAGAAGUAAUACAUAAAAUAAAAAAAGAAAAUGAAAAUCUACGUUUGGAAAAUUUACUUUAUUCACGUUAUUUACGACGUGUUAAUAGUUCAAAUAUUAUCGAAACAUUUGAUCAAUAUGCAAGCGAAGAUGAAAUUAUUCAAAAAGAAUUAUAUAUUAAUUCAAAUGAAAAUUCUUUUCGUACUAAAUUACCUAAAAUAGCAAGACGUUUAUCUAUGGAAAAAAAGUCGACUGGUACAUCAAAUGCAACAUCAUUAUGGAAUAAAUUGAUAACGAGUUCAAGUGACGCUAUGAAUGCAGCACGUCUUUUACGUAUUGAAAAAGAAAAAUUAUCGAUUGCUGCAUAUGAAAUUGAACACACACGAUUAGAUUGGGAAAGAAUGAAAGCUAGUUCUGUUUUAGAAUUAGAUCAAUUAGAUGUUCUUCUUCGAACUGCUGAAUCUGAUGAAAUCAAUGAAGAAAAACUCAAUAAUUAUUUAGAAAAACAUAUACAUAAAUUUCAACAUAAUUUUAGUAAAGACAAUUUAAAUAAUAAACGUUUAACUGUUUCAACUGAUAUUCUUAUUAAUCGUAUUAAUAAACAAAUACGAGCACAAGAACGUUUCAUUGAUUUUUUAAAUAUGGAAACUGCAUCUGCACAAGUGCGUAUUCGAAUGGUUGAUGCAUAUAUGCAAGAUUUAGAUAACUUACAUGAAAAAAUGGAUGAAAUUGAUAUUAAUUUUGUUCGAACAAAACAAACUAAUUAUUUAGAUUCAUAUAAAAUGCUUGAAAGACAAUUUACAAUGAAUAAAUCAUCACAAUAUCCAUUAAUUCGUUAUUUACAAGAAUGGAAAAAAAAAUUAUCUAAACAAGAACAAUUAAUAAUUAAUGAUCAACAUAAAUAUGAAUUAAUAGAAAUUUAUUUAGAACAACUUAAUCAUGAAAUUUCUUCUAUUAAAUAUGAAAAUGAAUUAAUUUUAAAUGAAAAUAAUUUUUUAAAAAAACAAAUAGCAGAUAUUAAAAAAGUACCAACAAUUACCGAAUAUGCUUAUACUAUUCAACAAACAAAAAAAUUAAAACAUGAAAUUGAUAUUUGGACAGAAAGAGUAAAUAUUGCUGAAGUAAGUUUUCAUAUACGUAUAAAAUCAAACUUAUUCUUUGUGAAAUACAAUCUAAAAGGAAUACUGUAG